AUGCUUAGCUGCUGUGGAGUGUUUGGGCGCGCGGUGGGCACAUCGGAGCUUUUGUCACGGAAGCCACACGAAGCGACUUUACGCACGGGUCGGUGGCGGCGGGGCACCGCGGACCGGUGCGCGGAACUGGAAGCACCUUGGCUGGAGAACACGCAAGAAGCUCGCGUGGAUAGCGGGACGCGUUUGGAGAUCAGCAUGCGGCACUUUUCCGCGAGAGCUUCACGUGGGUUGGUUUUUCCAGGAAAACCUCUGUUCGGCUUCGUCCGGCGCGUCUACCGCUGCUGUCAAGAAGGAGAAAACUGCAGGAGGCUGAAAGGGAUUCAAGGUCGCAUGAGAGGAGAUACAGGUGUGGAGUUUGUCCUCACCGGGGAGAUCUUGUCAUUAACGGUUACAAGAGCCGAGCUUCACCUUCAGCUUUCCAACCCGCAACAUCUGGACAUCCGCCCUGUGCUUCCAUCCAUGGCGAAGCACAAGCUUCCUACAAGGUACACUCUGGGGUCACGGGGUCACACCGUGGAAUUGAGAGUGGACCUGCUGUUCCUUUUCCACAGCGCACAGGAGGUCAUGGGUGGUCGAAGGCGAGGCCCUAGCUUGACAAACAUCUGGCGGGUGGUGUUUUUGUCCGGUGGAGAUCCGCCGGGUGAAAACCCCUUUGUAAAGGAUCCGCAGGACAACAUGUUGGGGAGUCCUCCUCUGGAUCUGGGCUUGGUCCUGGGUUGCAGUCAGGGUGGAACUGAGGUGUCAUGUAGAGCUGGUGGUGUUGACUUUACGCACACACCUUUCAUGGCUCUUUAUUUUGGAUGAGGUUAACAAUUGGACCUGACUGUUUUUGCAUGGCAGCAUUUCAUCGGUCUAUUGCCAUUACCAGCUGAACAGAAAAGGAUGCACUUCAAAUGUCAAAAUGAUUAAUUUAUAGGCUAAAUCUUA